AGCAUUUCCUCCUAAAACAACUGCCACCUGUUACAAAAAAUGACUACCGCAACUUAUUCUGCCCUACAAAGACAAAACGCAGUAUCAUGUUUGGUCAAAAAUGAGUUCAUGUCAUUUUGUUUGUAUUUGAGACCUGCUUGAUCAUGUGAAGAAAUAUCAUAAAAAAUAUUAAGCUCAGAAUUGACCUCUGAACAGGCAGUAACACACGGACACUGUUACUGCCUUUUGCCUUUACAAGACUUGUUAUUUUUGGCUCAUGAUACAAAGGCAGAGAACAGGAACUGACAAAUAAAGGUCAAGUUUGAGCUCAGUGUCUUUCAUGUAAAUAUUUCUUAAAAUGUCCUGUUAUACUUUUGUCUGACACUGAAGUGAUUUUUCUCAGUUUCACACUCUGAGUGUGAGUUAAGCUCUUUUGCUUUUGUAGGGCAGUGUUGUCAAGUAGUAUUAAAAGACACACAACAGAUUUUUAAUAUAUGUAUUAUCUUUUUUUUUUCUUAAUUUUUGUAACAUCUUUUUUAUCUUAAAUUGAAAAACUGCUGCCGACUACUGCUGAAAAUUACUACAGCAACUUUUAAUUUCUUUGUCUUUUUUUCUUAAUUUUAACAUUUGCAUUUAUUUUUAUUUAUUUAUUUUUUUUUAACGUUUUCUGCUAAAACAACUGCCAAUAUUAUGAUUUUAUAAUUUAUUCAUUUAUUGCAAUACGGUCUGAUUUUUAUCUUACCCUCCAAAAACGCUGGGUUUAACAUUCAUCCGUCCAACUUGCCUCCAAAUAAAAACCAAAACAUAUUUAAUGUUAAGUACAGACAUGUUAAAAAUGGCUACUUCUGACCACUAGAUGGAGCUGUGGUUCUUGUGGUUUAACACUGACAAUAAACUGUCAGUAUAAAGUACAAAACAUUCCCUAUUAUUCUAUUAUUACUAGUAUUUGGCAUCGUCUGCUGUGCCAUUUCGUACCACUUUGAAACGUGUGAGGAAUGUAGCUCUAUGGGAGUUAGUGAGCACCCCAGAUUAUGUAUAGAAACUCCAAUGCCCGCUCCAGGAGUGUGUUUCCGGGGGACGGUGGGCCGGGCUCCCCCACAUCCAUGGAGAGGCCGCUGAUGUCGGGGUGGCUCAAGAAACAGCAGAGGUCACUGGUGAAGAACUGGCAGCAGCGUUAUUUUGUGUUGAGAGGAAGUACCCUGACCUACCAUAAGGACGACAAGGAGAGCACUGUGCAGGGGGUGAUCCAGCUGCGCUUCAGUAAAGUCAAUGAACUGCCUCCAAAUGCAGACGAUUCUGCUGGGAAAUAUCUGUUCGAGAUUGUUCCAAGAGCCAAGGGGGACAGAGAGAGAUGUUCACAUGUGCUUAUGGCCAGCUCCCAGGGCGACAUGGAGGAGUGGGUCCGCAGUCUGCGCAGGGUCAUCGGAGCUCCCACUAGUGGAGUGUUUGGGAAGAGCCUGGCAGACACAGUGGCCUAUGACCAGAGGUUUGGUCCUCAAAUGGUGCCCAUCCUGGUGCAGAAGUGUGUGGAGUUCAUCCAGGAGCACGGCCUGAGUGAGGAGGGCAUCUUCAGGCUCCCAGGGCAAGACAACGCUGUAAGACAGUUUAGAGGGGCCUUCGACGCUGGGGAGAGGCCCUCUUUCCCCAGUGACACAGAUGUCCACACGGUGGCGUCACUGCUCAAACUCUACCUCCGUGAGCUGCCACAGCCUGUCGUUCCCUGGACCCAGUACCAGGACUUUCUGGACUGUACCAACGUCCUGGACUCUCCCGGCCAAAAGGGAUGGGAGAAAUUGGAGAGACAAAUCACCCUCCUCCCUCGAGUGAACUAUAACCUCCUCAGUUACAUCUGUCGGUUCUUGUUUGAGGUCCAGCUGCAUUCUAAAGUGAACAAGAUGAACGUGGAGAACCUGGCCACAGUGAUGGGGAUCAACCUCUUAAAGCCGCAGAUCGAGGACCCCAUCACUGUCAUGAAAGCGACUCCUCAGAUCCAGAAGUUGAUGACGGUGCUGAUUCGACAACAUGAGGCCCUGUUCCCCAUCUCCAAAGACGAGCUGCCCUCUCCUCCUCCAAACAAGGCUGACAGCCAGAAGAACGCCCCACGCAGCUUUGUGGGCUGGGAGUCCACUGAGCUCUGUGACACUUCUCUGUCUGAGUCUCCAGAGGAAGAAGAGGAUCAGGACAGCCCAGGGCCCCAAAGAUCCACCAAUCUCAAAUCAGAGUUGUUUUUACCCUCAGAGUGCAUGGAAUCCCCCCGCAAACGCACCCAAACCUUACCCACGUUUAACUGCCCUCUGACGGGGAUGGCCGCCAAAGCAGAGGCCCUGAAUCGCUGGAGUCGCCUUCAGGAGUCCAUAGAGGAGAAGAGCGGGACUUUUUCAGAAGAUAUUUUUAAAAUCCUGGACCUCAAAUCUUCUGGGUCAUUGUUCAAGACGACUACGCUGAGUUCUAAGGAGGAGGAGAUGAGGUCUAUGCCCAGGAGAGGAAGUGACCAGGGGUUCAUCACUCUUACAGAAGAUGGGAAGGCCAAAGGCCAAAGUGACAGUGUUGAAAAGCCUGUUCAAAGCCUGGUGCAUCAGAAUAGUGAUGAGAAACCGAAAGCUACGAAUCAGGACACCAGCAAAUGUGAAGUAAAGGCAGACGGAGCACAGCCUGUUGACUGUUGCAGCCUGCAGAAGGAGAACAAGGAGCUGAAGGCGACCGUGGCUGAGCUGAGGUCAGAGCUGGAGGCAGAGCGCCGCCGUGUGGCCGCUCUGGAGAUCUGCCUGAAAAACGCCGAGGGCAGCAGAGACGAGGCCCUGCGCAGGAACAAGGAGCUGCAAAAGGACAUUGAACAGUUUCUCAUCAAGAAACCACCUCCGUAAAAUCAGGACACCAACUGGUCACUAUAGACUUGAGAGGAGAAUAGUACAAUGAAUGAAGUGAAUUUAUUUUAUUAUUAUGUCUGGGCAAUACAGAUGUGCUCAGCCUUUUUAUGGGCUUAUAAGAAACCACAAGCAAAAUACAAUCAACCAGUUGCAUUUCAUCUUGGGUCACCAUUAGGGAUGUAACGAUAUCCAAAUCUCUCGGAUUAUUUUUGCAAUAUACAUCUCACGGUACGAUAUUUAUUCCGAUAUUUUGUGGAAGUUAACAAAAUUGUGCCACAUUUUCCUUUUAAAAUACCCUGUCAAGACUUAAUCUAAAGAACUAAGAUAUAAGUGUUUCUAACAGUUAUUUCUUCAUGUAGUUUGCGCUGAAACAGAGCAAAGGAUUAUGGGCUAUGUAGUUCCUUCAGUUUUUUUAGUUAUGGCUCCACCAUAACUAUUUAUUUAAGCAAAGAGACUUGUAAUUCGAUAUACUGUGAUGGCCCACGAUUUUAUUGUGAGACUUUUAACGAUACGAUAUCACAAUAUUUCAGUUAUUGUUACAUCCCUAGUGAACAUUUCAUCAAACAAAGGAUUUCAUAAAAAGGACAAUACAACAAAAUAUGAGAUUCAGUUUCACAGGAUCAUUUUGGGGGGAAAGUUGUCAUGUUUUAUUAAGGAAACAACACUUUAAUAAACAUGCCUUGCUCAAAAAUAGUGAUACUUUGCAGCUGAUGUUAUUAAUAUUCGUGGGGGGAUGAUGCUAAAUUUAAGCACUGCUCUGUCUGAGGUGUUAUUUAUCUGAGGCUUAUCAGAAUGAGUAAAAGCUGUACUGCUGUUGGUAAACACAUUUCAAAAACUAGGAAUGUGAUUUUGCAAUUUUGUACAACUAACAAGGAGUGAUCAUUUAUGACAUAUAGUGUUACAAAACAGUGAACGCUUAGUGCUUAUUACAGAUGUUUAACGGUGCAUUGUGUAACCAUCCAAAAGUACUUUUACUUACUUUUACUUUUGCCCUGUGCUGGAUUUUUUAUCACCUUAAAAACAUCAAAAACAAAGCUAUUUAAAUUUAAACUCCAGUGAUUCAAAGUUUUUCCUCACUUACCUUACGCAUUCUGAGCAUCUUAAUUACUCACCACGAUGAGUUUAUAAUUUUAUGUUCACCGCUCUCACUAUUGCCGUGACGGUAAAGCUAAAAACAACUGGCAUGCCACGCGCACUUCCUGAGCAAUAAAAUGCUCUUCUGGUGGAGGGUCUGUCAAAGUUUUCUCCAUGUAGAUGUUUUGUCUGGAAUGUUUCACAGUAUGGCAUUAAACCUUUCUAUUUUCAUGGAGACCAAACCAGACCAAGUUACAGGUCAGAUCUGUGGAGAGGCGACCCUGCUCACAGUCAGAAUACCUAUUUUUGUUUCUUUUUUACCUGUAAAACUACCUGUAAUUGAAUAAAUGUAAAGUAGAGCUGUUUAAUGUCAUACUGUGGAACAUUCCAAGCAGAGCAAUAACAUAUCCAUAGAAACAAGCAUGUGACAGACCCCCCACCAGAAAAGUUACACAAUGCACCUUUAAUAUCUCCAUUGGUUUACAUGUAGACUGCUGAUGUGGAGAACAGGAGCUUCUUUUGUAACUUGAUUUAUUUAGUUUUUUUCCCUUUCUACUGUCUUUUUAAAUGACAUACAACACCCUAAAUUGAAUUUGCACUGUGUAACUUUUCUGGUGGAGGGUCUGCCAUCAUCUUGUCUCCACGGUAAUGCUAUUGCAAUGUCUGGGAUGUUCCAGAAUAUUGCAUUAAACAAAUAUAUCUUGUGUUUAUUCAAUUACAGGUGUUCAUAUUUCUCAAAACAACAAAAAAAAAUCAUGCAUUAUUAUUAUUACUGUGAACGAGCCCACUUCUCCACAGAUCUGAUUUUGUUAUGUGGCUUGCUUGUCUCCAUGGAGAUAGUUAGAUAAAUGCCAUCCUGCAGAAUAUUCUGAGGAAAAACAUCAAGCAGGUGGGGGACUCUCUACCAGAAAAGUUACACAGUGCACCUUUAAGACAACUUUGAAAUCGGUAAAAUAUCUUGUCAAAAUGGGAGUAACUAUCAUUUUCUCAGCCUUAGCACAAAAUAAGGUUAAUAACAAUAUACAUUUGCCUGCUGCUAAUCUCUGUUUAACAUUAUCUGAAGCUCUACAGUGUGGUAAAAGGCUUGUUUGUUUGAAGAUGUGGACAAUGAACUGAUGUCUAUAAACUCUUCUCCGAGUAUAAAGACCUCACUGUGUAAACGGAUCUGAACUAUUGUGCAACAUCCUGGCAUCUUUGGACACAUCAGAGGAGCGCUUGUAGUCUGUUUGGGAUAAUAUGUUGUGAAUGUGUAGCCGAUGUGGUUGGAGUGUUAAUAAAUUAUAUAUUUAACGCUA